CAAUUCUGAGUUGGUUCUGUUUUCCUCAGGGUGGUGAGGAGGAGAGGCGCCUGGUCUUCCUGCUGCCAUGGGGGCACAGGAUCGGCCUCAGUGCUUCUUCGACAUCGAAAUCAAUCGAGAGUCAGUUGGUCGUAUUAUAUUUCAACUUUUCUCGGAUGUAUGUCCAAGGACUUGCAAAAACUUUCUCUGCCUGUGUACAGGUGAAAAAGGAAUUGGGAAAACUACUAGAAAAAAACUUUGUUAUGAAGGCUCUACAUUCCACCGUGUGGUUAAAAACUUCAUGAUUCAAGGUGGAGACUUCAGUGAAGGUAAUGGGAAAGGCGGCGAAUCUAUUUAUGGUGGAUAUUUUAAAGAUGAAAACUUUAUUUUGAAACAUGACAGAGCCUUCCUUUUGUCAAUGGCAAACAGAGGGAAACAUACAAAUGGUUCCCAGUUUUUCAUAACUACAAAGCCCGCUCCUCAUCUUGACAACGUACACGUUGUCUUUGGACUGGUUAUUUCUGGUUUUGAAGUCAUAGAGCAAAUCGAAAACCUGAAAACCGACGCUGCCAGCAGGCCGUACGCAGAUGUACGGGUUAUUAACUGUGGGGUGCUGGUUACAAAAUCGUCCAAGAAUGUGUUAGAAAAGAAAAGGAAGGCUUCUCCCCACUCUGAAGCUUUGGACACUUCCAGCAGCAGCUCAUCUACUUCGUCGGACUCUUUGUCCGACAGCGACUCUGAUGAUGAGAGACCCAGGAAGAGGAAGCGCAAGAGGAGGACCAAAACAAAGCAACCGAAGAAACAAAGGAGGGAAGAGAAAAAGAAAGAAGAGCCCAAGAGCAAACGGACCUCAGGCCAAAGGAGCCGUUCUGAGAAAAAUGAAGCGAGCGAAAAAUCGGUGGACUCGAAUGCAAAAAGGGACAAGCCGGUUGUCCGCCCCGAAGAAAUUCCUCCAGUGCCUGAAAAUCGAUUUUUGCUGAGGAGAGAUGCACCGGUGGCAAUCACAGAGCCUGAGCAGAAGCCCGUUGAUGCAGCAGCACCAGCUUUGGCCGACCAGAAGCCCUCAGUGUCCAAAUCUGGAAGGAAAAUCAGAGGAAGAGGCACGAUACGAUACCACACGCCGCCUCAUUCUCGCUCAUGUUCUGAAUCUGAUAACGAGGAAAGCAGCGAAACUCCCCCCCACUGGAAAGAAGAAAUGCAGAGAUUAAGAGCGUACAGGCCGCCGAGUGGAGAGAAAUGGAGUAAAGGGGACAAGUUGAGUGACCCAGGAAAGUGGGAUGAAAGAAGUCUCUCGCAGCGCUCGAGGUCUUGGUCCCAUAAUGGCUUUUCAGGUCUAAGUACCAAAUCCAUUGGCCACCACAAAAAACACCGGAAAGACAAAAAGGCAAAGCAUAAAAAAAAGGCCAAAAAGCAAAAGCAUUUAAAGAAGCACAAGCAAAUUAAGAAAAAGAGAGUAUCUCCUUCCACAGAGGUCAAUUCUUCUCCUUCUUCUACCAGAAGGACAAAAUCGCCUAGUGUUCAUGGGAGGGUGUCUCGCUCUUCCUCGCUCUCCUCGAGGGACUCCUCUUCUAGAAAGGACUGGUCUAAAUCAGAAAGAGGCAACCAGAGCUCACUGUCUAUGUCGACCAGAGACUCACACUCAUACUACCGGUCCAGGUCAAGAUCCAGGUCGAGAUCUUAUUCCAGAAGAAGCUCUAGGUCCAGAGUUGCUUUGAAAUCUUCUCACUCCAGGAGCAUGUCACGGUCUAGCUCCAGCUCCAGGCGUCCAAGGACCGUGUCCAGUUCUCCCAAAAAUGUUACAGCACGGAUAAAUGAACACAAGGCCAUCAAGGCUGAACCUGCAAGAGCAACGUUACCGCAGACUGACAAAGUUGUGAUCCAGCCCGUUGUUGCCGAAAGCAUUCCAGUGAUACCCCUCAGCGACAGUCCACCUCCUUCUAGAUGGAAGCCCGGGCAGAAGCCCUGGAAACCAUCCUACGAGCGAAUUCAGGAAAUGAAAGCAAAAGCCACCCACUUAAUACCGACUCCAACGACUUACAGCUUAGCAAACACCAAACAGGCUAGUUCAUCCUCUUCGUACCGCAAGCGGCGAGAUACCUCGGAUAGCGAUCAGAGCAGUUAUUCAAAAAAUCGGAGCGACAGAAGUUCUGAAAGCCGGCGAAGGUCAAGGAGCAGGACGUCUCGAAGCAGAUCCUACUCCAGGUCUUAUUCGCGCUCAAGGAGCCUGUCCAGCUCUAGGUCAAGGUCUCGAUCAACAGGUAGAUCCCGUUCAGUGAAUAAGUUUCCCAGUGACCAGUCGUGCUACAGUGGAUCAUCAUCUUAUUUUUCCCUAAGUGACAAUGACCGACAGAAAAGCAAACGGAAAUCCGAAUCCAGAGAGAGAAGUGUACCCUUGUCAAAGAAAAGGCAAAGUAGUUCUGAAAGCACUCUUUCAUAUGUGAAAGAGGCGACUUCUCAAAAGCACAGAGAAAGUGCAAGUAGGUCCUCUUUGGACUUCUCCACAGACAAUGAGCAACCAGCUAAGCCACAGCUGGUCCAAGAAAAAGGCCAGCCGCAGCCCAAAAAAGCUAAUCGGAAGCAAAAUAAAAGUGGUUCAGUUGGUGACUGGCAAGAGGAGAGGUCUCGGUCUGAGUGGGGCAGCAACGGUUCAAAACAGAAAGCACUGAAGGAUAAAUCUGAGUCUCCAAAAACUGGUCGGAAGGCAAAAAGGAAAACACACGCAGGCAGUAAGUGGGACUCUGGGUCAAAUUCAGAAAGAGGUGAGAACAAGAAUGAUAAAGAAGGUUCACGAUUAUCUAGUAAGGAGGAAGGUGAAGCUACAUCGGACUCAGACUCAGAACCCAUCCUUGCCAACGUUAAGAUGAAAGUAGAUACCUCCUUGGGGGCGCUGAAGACAAGUAAGCAGCAGUUGUCCCCUUCUGACUCGGAAAACUCCUGUGCCAAUUCAGGCACUCGGGGAAAAUCGAAAAAGCAAAAGCACGGGUCCAAGAAGAACCUCAAAAAGGCACAUUCCAAGAAAGCGAAAGAGAAAUCCAAGGGUAAAAAGGAGAAGAAGCAUAAGGCUCAAAAGCGUAAGGAAACUUUUCAUUGGCAGCCUCCAUUGGAGUUCGGGGAGGAGGAAGAGGACGAGGACAUCACAGUAAAACCAGCUUCCAAGGAUGAGAAAGCCACUGCUGAAGCUAAGGAGGAGAAAAACCAAGACCGAGCUUCUGAAAACAGCAAAGUGGUGAAAGAACAACCCCGAGACGAUGAAAAGCUCCGUGAAGAGAAAACACCCUCUGAUGAAGCUAGGGGUAGCCAAUCACCAUCUCUUAACAAACAUAGCAAAGAUAACAGGGAACAGUCGACUUCUGCUCCUACUCGAGUUCCAGUUAAAAAUGUGAAUGUUUCGGGAAGUCCCAAAGCGAACAAUGAAAACGAGGCGGAUGUUACUCAGAUGGAUGACAUGGAGAUCUGUACCCCAGACCAUUAUUCACCCGUGAAGUUGGACCUAGAUCCUUUGCCAGUAAGUCUGAAGGUCAACCUCCCGGCUGUUAAAGUUAGUAAGAACCCAGAUGUACCAAAUAACCCUGAAGCAGAGAGUGCAACGGAAGGACACAAUGCUAGGGAAGCGGUCAGUGUCAAAGAAGAGAGACACAGAAAGGAAGAGAAGCAGAGCCUCAGCCCCACAGCUGCAACGGCUGCCGCGGAAAGCGGGCUGAAAACAGAAGUGGCAGAGAACGCACAGAGCAGCGUGGUGGAUAAUAAAUGGAAGCCCCUGCAGGGCGUAGGGAACCUACAGGCAGCAGCCGCCGCCGUGGCCAAUCAGGCAGAAGCCAAAAAUGCGGCCUCCUCAUCGGAGUCGAAGCCCCAAGGUUUGAGGAUAGAGAUUAAAAGCAAAAAUAAAAUCAGGCCAGGCUCCCUGUUCGACGAAGUCAGGAAGACGGCACGGCUCAACCGGAGGCCGCGGAACCGCGAGAGCUCCAGCGAAGAGGAUUCCCCCACACGAGAGGACAGCCAGUCGAGGAGCCGCAGCCGGUCGCGGAGCAAAUCGGACCCGAAAUCCCGGCACAGAACAAGAUCCCUUUCCUACAGUCACUCAAGAAGUCGAUCGAGGAGUUCCACUGACUCUUACAGGUCGAGGAGCUACACCCGAAGCCGGAGCAGAGGGUGGUACAGCAGAGGCCGGUCAAAAAGUCGAAGCAGUUCCUAUGACAGUUACCGGAGCCACAGCCGUACCUAUAGCAGAAGUCGGUCCCGAAGCAGUUCUUACGAUCAUCAUAGUCGAUCCAGCAGGUCUUACACCUAUGACAGUUACUACAGCAGGAGUCGGAGUCGAAGUAGAAGCAAGAGGAGCAACAGUUAUCACCGAUCUCGCAGCUAUGAUAGACGGUCCAGGUCUUGUAGGUCUUACGGUUCUGACAGCGAAAGUGAUCGCAGCUACUCUAACUACCGAAGCCCCAGUGAAAGCAGCCGAUACAGCUGAAGGU